AUUCCUAUUAUUGAAAUAAGCAGUUAAGACGACCUCAAUUAUACUCCCACACUUUGAAAAUUUUUCCGUAACUGCCCAAAGAGUUAAUUCAUAAUGCCUCAAAUUUUCAUAAAAUCCCUCUUUUCUCUGUUGUCCUUUUGGUGAUUGCUUUUGGGAUUUGAAACUUAAGUCCUGGUUUCAAAGUUGUUGUGAGAAAAGGAAAUGGUUUCCCUGUCUCGUGCUUCUAUUUCUGAGGAGGAACACAACAAAAACCUUCUUGAAGUUGGGAAUGAGCUGCUUCAGCAGCCUCCAUCUUCUAAAGAGGAGCUUCUGGAGAAACUGGAUAAGUUAGAGCAUCUUUUGUCACUGGUGAAGCAAAUCCCCUCCGUAUCGACGCGAGAUGCUUUUCGGCCUGCAAUGGAAGCACUAGUUGCAGAUGGACUUCUACGACAUUCUGACAUGGAUGUGAAGGUGUCAGUUGCAUCUUGCAUCAGUGAGAUCAUGAGAAUUACAGCUCCAGAUCAACCAUAUAAGGAUAGCAUACUUAAGGCAAGUACAACUCAUACAGUUUUCUUUGCCCAAAACGGGAAAUCACACUUGUUGCAAGUCUUUCUUCUAACGAAACUGUUUAGCUAUGUAAUUGAUAGUUCAGAUUCUGUAGUAUUUAUGCAUCUAUGAUUUUCUUGGAUACAUGCAUAGCAUUUAUACAUUCUCAUAGUUUGGUUUCCUGCUCAAUUGAUGGACAGGACUUUUUUGAGCUUGCAGUGUUGGCGUUUGGGAAAUUGUCUUGCUUGGAUGGUCGCUGUUAUUCAAAGGUUGUCUCAAUUAUUAAAGUUCUGGCAAAGUACCGAACAAACGUGCUCAUGUUGGAUCUCAUGUUAGAUACAUUGAUUGUUCAGAUAUUUCAA